AUGCCCUGUCCCUCAGGUGAGACAGGUUCUGGGAAGCCCACCCAGAUACCCCAGUACCUGUAUGAAGCUGGCAUCGCUCGACAGGGCAUCAUCGCUGUGACACAGCCACGCCGAGUGGCAGCUGUCUCCCUGGCAAAAAGGGUGGCAGAGGAGAAGAGAACUCAGCUGGGGAAGCUGGUGCGUAAAAAAAAAAAAAAAAAAAUUGUACAAUUUGUGGUGGUCAAACUCUGUAGUAAAACACACAUGCGUUUUUGCAAUUCCUCCAAUAGCAAUGUGGUGGUCGUCACCUUGAUCGUAAUCAGUGGCUGCAUGUACCUAACGACAAUCCUUGUCUUGUACUUCAGAAGUCUUCUACUAACUUCAGUCUUGUAAACUCUAAAACUAGGCUGUAUGUGGACUGUUACCAAACAAUCAAAUCAGGAAAUCCAAUCAUGCUUUUUCAGGUUGGCUACACCGUACGAUUCGAGGACGUCACCUCCUCAGAGACGAAGCUGAAGUUCAUGACGGACGGUAUGCUCCUGCGGGAGGCCAUAGGAGACCCCUUACUGCUGCGCUACACCGUGGUGGUGCUGGAUGAGGCGCACGGUGCACACUGACGUGCUUUUUGGAGUGGUGAAGGCUGCCCAGCGCAAACGCAGAGAACAGAACAAGAUCCCCCUCAAGGUAAGUCACUACUAGACUCAGUAGCCUGGAAUCCAAAGUGAUACGAACUGAAACCAAUGGUGAAACAGAACAUAUCACUUUGAAUUCCAGGCUAAGGUCACUAACUGUAGGCUACAUAAUGUUGCAAUAUGCUAGUUGGUGUGUGUGUGUGUGUGUGUGUGUGUGUGUGUGUGUGUGUGUGUGCCCCUGGGCUGGUGUUCCAUUGUCAAAGCACCCAAUGUACAAUGUCAACAAUAUUCUCCCAAGACUACUUCAAGACUGGUGGCGUGUGGGCUUGUUCUUACUCUAAAGCACUGCUGAUGUAAAAAAAGAUAAAAAAAAAAAAAAGGGCUUUAUAAAUAAAUCGGAUAUAUUGCCUCUUCAAUGUACCAUUCUAGGUAAUCGUGAUGUCAGCCACCAUGGACGUGGACCUGUUCUCUCAGUACUUCAACAAGUCUCCUGUGCUGUACCUGGAGGUCAGACAGCACCCCAUCCAGAUCUACUACACCAAGCAGCCCCAGUCUGACUACCUGCAGGCUGCACUGGUCUCAGUCUUCCAGAUCCAUCAGGUAUGUAGAUGUGACUGGCCUGGCUGCUAGUGCUGAGCAAUUAGAGAUUUUUCAAAUCGGUUCGAUUAUUUAAAAAAUAAUCACGGUUUUUAAUUUCGGUUUCGAUAUAAUCAUUUUUACAUUCAAUGCAUUAUGAAAUAAUGAUAUUAAAAUGAUUAGAGCUUUUUAAUGGAAAUUCCAAAGGCAAAAAUAGUGAACAUUCAAUUGACAAAACAUUGAAAAUAUUCCAUUGUCUCUGUCAGGUCCACAUAGAAAAAUAGGACAUUACUAUGAAAUAAUAAAAUAUUUCAGUUGUGUUCUAUUACUUAUUUUAUGACUUUAUCAUUUCAUUUCUUAAAGUCCUCAUCUCAUCUCUGGCAGUAGCAGCCUCUCUGUUAUCUCUGUUCUCCCCAAACUGUACUGUCUUUAGUCAUCCUAUUCAGCUAGGCUAACCUUCCUAAGUAUGCUGCAGAGCUGUCUGACAAUCAUUGGACUAGUUCUUCUAAGUAGAUGAGGCAUACUUUCACCAACUGUCUCUACCCCUCUCUCUCAUUGUUGUGUUGUGUACAUUCCUCUCUCAUGCGGCGUGUGUGGUCUGUGUGUAUCUAACCUAACGUAGCAGGCGGCGUAUGUGGUCUGUGUGUAUUAACCUAACGGGUUGUUUGUGGGUCUGUGUGUAUCUAACCUAACGUAGCAGGCGGUGUAUGUGGUCUGUUGUGUAUCUAUACCUAACGUAGCAUGGCCGCGGUGUAUGUGGUCUGUGUGUGAUCAUAACCUACGUACCAGGCGUGUAUUGUCGGUCUGUGUGUAUCUUAACCCUAAGUAGCAGGCGGUUUGUCUGUGGUCUGUGUGUAUCUAAUCCUAUACGUAGGCAGGCGGUGUAUGUGGUCUGUGUUAUCUAACCUAACGUACCAGGCGGUGUAUUGUGGUCUGUGUGUUAUCUAACCUAAGUAGCAGGCGGUUUAUGUGUGGUCCUGUGUGGUAUCUAACCUAACGUAGCAGGCGGUGUAUGUGGUCUGUGUGUAUCUAACCUAACGUAGCAGGCGGUGUAUGUGGUCUGUGUGUAUCUAACCUAACGUAGCAGGCGGUGUAUGUGGUCUGUGUGUAUCUAACCUAACGUAGCAGGCGGUGUAUGUGGUCUGUGUGUAUCUAACCUAACGUAGCAGCGGGUAUGUGGUCUGUGUGUAUCUAACCUAACGUAGCAGGCGGGUGUGUGGUCUGUGUGUAUCUAACCUAACGUAGCAGGCGGGUGUUGUGGUCUGUGUGUAUCUAACCUAACGUAGCAGGCGGCGUGUGUGGUCUGUGUGUAUCUAACCUAACGUAGCAGGCGGCGUGUGUGUAUCUAACCUAACGUAGCAGGCAGUGUAUGUGGUCUGUGUGUAUCUAACCUAACGUAGAGCAGGCGUGUUGUAUCUAACCUAACGUGCAGGCGGUGUAUGUGGUCUGUGUGUAUCUAACCUAACGUAGCAGGCGCGUGUGUGUUCUAUAACCUAACGUAGCAGGCGGUGUAUGUGGUCUGUAUGUAUCUAACCUAACGUACAGGCGGUGUGUGUGGUCUGUGUGUAUCUAACCUAACGUAGCAGGCGGCGUAUGUGGUCUGUGUGUAUCUAACCUAAGUACCAGGCGGCGUAUGUGGUCUGUGUGUAUCUAACCUAACGUACCAGGCGGUGUAUGUGGUCUGUGUGUAUCUAACCUAAUGUACCAGGCGUUGUAUGUGGUCUGUGUGUAUCUAACCCAACGUAGCAGGCGGUGUAUGUGGUCUGUGUGUAUCUAACCUAACGUAGCAGGCGGCGUGUGUGUAUCUAACCUAACGUAGCAGGCGGUGUAUGUGGUCUGUGUGUAUCUAACCUAACGUAGCAGGCGGCGUGUGUUGUGUAUCUAACCUAAUGUAGCAGGCGGUGUAUGUGGUCUGUAUGUAUCUAACCUAACGUAGCAGGCGGCGUGUGUGGUCUGUGUGUAUCUAACCUAACGUAGCAGGCGGUGUAUGUGGUCUGUGUGUAUCUAACCUAACGUAGCAGGCGGUGUAUGUGGUCUGUGUGUAUCUAACCUAACGUAGCAGGCGGUGUAUGUGGUCUGUGUGUAUCUAACCUAACGUACCAGGCGGUGUAUGUGGUCUGUGUGUAUCUAACCUAACGUAGCAGGCGUGUGUGGUCUGUGUGUAUCUAACCUAACGUAGCAGGCGUGAUGUGUCUGUGUGUAUCUAACCUAACGUAGCAGGCGGUGUAUGUGGUCUGUGUGUAUCUAACCUAACGUAGCAGGCGGCGUGUGUGUAUCUAACCUAACGUAGCAAGCGGCGUGUGUAUCUAACCUAACGUAAGGUGUAUGUGGUCUGUGUGUAUCUAACCUAACGUAGCAGGCGGCGUGUGUGUAUCUAACCUAACGUAGCAGGCGGUGUAUGUGGUCUGUGUGUAUCUAACCUAACGUAGCAGGCGGCGUGUGUGUAUCUAACCUAACGUAGCAGGCGGUGUAUGUGGUCUGUGUGUAUCUAACCUAACGUAGCAGGCGGGUAUGUGGUCUGUGUGUAUCUAACCUAACGUAGCAGGCGUGUAUGUGGUCUGUGUGUAUCUAACCUAACGUAGCAGGCGGCUGUGUGUAUCUAACCUAACGUAGCAGGCGGUGUAUGUGGUCUGUGUGUAUCUAACCUAACGUACCAGGCGGUGUAUGUGGUCUGUGUGUAUCUAACCUAACGUAGCAGGCGGUGUAUGUGGUCUGUGUGUAUCUAACCUAACGUAGCAGGCGGUGUAUGUGGUCUGUGUGUAUCUAACCUAACGUAGCAGGCGGGGCGUGUGUGUAUCUAACCUAACGUAGCAGGCGGUGUAUGUGGUCUGUGUGUAUCUAACCUAACGUAGCAGGCGGGUGGUGUAUCUAACCUAAGUAGCAGGCGUGUAUGUGUCGUUGUAUCUAACCUAACGUAGCAGGCGUGUUGUGGUCUGUGUGUAUCUAACCUAACGUAGCAGGCGGUGUAUGUGGUCUGUGUGUAUCUAACCUAACGUAGCAGGCGGCGUGUGUGUAUCUAACCUAACGUAGCAGGCGGUGUAUGUGGUCUGUGUGUAUCUAACCUAACGUAGCAGGCGGCGUGUUGGUGUGUGUAUCUAACCUAACGUAGCAGGCGGUGUAUGUGGUCUGUGUGUAUCUAACCUAACGUAGCAGGCGGCGUGUGUGGUCUGUGUGUAUCUAACCUAACGUAGCAGGCGGUGUAUGUGGUCUGUGUGUAUCUAACCUAACGUACCCAGGCGUUGUAUGUGGUCUGUGUGAUCUAACCUAACGUAGCAGGCGGCGUUGUGGUCUGUGUGUAUCUAACCUAACGUAGCAGGCGGCGUAUGUCUGUGUGUAUCUAACCUAACGUACCAGGCGGUUGUAUGUGGUCUGUGUGUAUCUAACCUAACGUAGCAGGCGGUAUUGGUCUGUGUGUAUCUAACCUAACGUAGCAUGGCGGUGUAUGUGGUCUGUGUGUAUCUAACCUAAGUAGCAGGCGGCGUGUUGUGGUCUGUGUGUAUCUAACCUAACGUAGCAGGCGGUGUAUGUGGUCUGUGUGUAUCUAACCGUACCACGUAGCGGCUAUUGGUCUGUGUGUAUCUAACCUAACGUACAGGCGGGUAUGUGUCUUGUGUAUCUAACCUAACGUAGCAGGCGGUGUAUGUGGUCUGUGUGUAUCUAACCUAACGUAGCAGGCGGUGUUGUGGUCUGUGUAUCUAACCUAACGUAGCAGGCGUGGUGUUUACUACGUAGUCAGGCGUGUAUUGGUUGUGUGUAUCUAACCUAACGUAGCAGGCGGCGUGUGUGGUCUGUGUGUAUCUAACCUAACGUAGCAGGCGGCGUAUGUGGUCUGUGUGUAUCUAACCUAACGUACCAGGCGGUGUAUGUGGUCUGUGUGUAUCUAACCUAACGUAGCAGGCGGUGUAUGUGGUCUGUGUGUAUCUAACCUAACGUAGCAGGCGUGUAUGUGGUCUGUGUAUCUACCUAACGUAGCAGGCGUAAAUGUGGUCAUUCUGUCAACCUAAUGAAGACAGGCGGUGAUUGGUCUGUGUGUAUCUAACCAACGUAGCAGGGGUGAUAUGUGGUCAAUGUGUAUACUAAACUCGCGGCGUGUGUGUAUCUAACCAACGUAGCAUGCAUGUAUGGUCUGUGGUAUCUACCUUCGUACAGGCGGUGUGGUGUGUAUUAACCUAACGUACAGGCUGUGUAUGUGUAACUGUGUGUAUCUAACCGAACUACAUGUGUAUUGGUCUGUGUAUCUACACUAGCAGGCGCGUGUGUUUCUAACCUAAUGUGCAGACGCUGUGCAAUGUGCGCGCUUGUGAUCUACCAACGUAGCAGCGGCGUAUGUGUCUGUGUGAUAUCUAAUCGACCAGGCGGCGUCUGUGUGUACUAACCUAACUACUAGCGUGAUUUGUCUGUGUAUCUAACAGAGCUUAGCCGGCGUGCAUGGUGGCUGUGUGUAUCUACUACCAGGCAAGUAUGGGUCUGGGUAUCAACCUAAAAGUACCAGGCGGUAAAUUGGUCUGUGUGUAUCUAACCUAACGACGGCUUGUAUGUGGUUGUGGUAUUAACAAGUACAGGUUAAUUGUCUUGUGUAUCAACCUACGAGCAGGUGAGGUGUGUAUCUAACUUGACCGUAGUAGGCGUGUGUAGUGUACUAGUAGAGCGUGUGUUGUGGUCUGUGUGUAUCUAGACACAACUACAGCCGGUGUGUGUCUACUAAGUGUCAGGCAGGUAAGUGGUGUCUUGAAGAAUCUCAACCAACUAGAAGGCAUUGAUUUUCAUUUUUUAACCUUAUUACUGGCAGUAUAAUGUUCUUGUGUAUCUAACCUAGUCGCGGUGAUGUUGUCACUAUGUGUAUCUAACCUGUAGAACAGGUAGGGUCUUUAAUAACGUAACUACAGGCUGGAAUGGGUGUGUGUGUUCUCCUAAAACUUUUGGCUGGUUGUAUUACCACUAGCCGGGAUGUCAUGUAAAUGAACGUAUAGCGUAAGUGUUUCCAUCUCUGUCCGAGCCAGAAAAGAACAGGCCAAUGGAUUAUGGUCAUUGCAGUUAAUUGUGCGCCAAGCUAGGUUGAAUAUUUGCUCAAUGAAAACUACAACUCCCUUCAGCCCAGCAUCCCAUAUAGGUCUUGACUUACAUUCUCUCAGGACUUUAUAUAUUUUUAUUUUACCUUUAUUUAACUAGGCAAGUCAGUUAAGAACAAAUUAUUAUUUACAGUGACAGCCUACACCGGUCAAACCUGGACGACGCUGUGCCAAUUGUGCGCCGCCCUAUGGGACUCCCAAUCACGGCCGGUUGUGAUACAGCCUGGAAUCGAACCAGGGGGUCUGUAGUGACGCCUCAAGCACUGAGAUACAGUGCCUUAGACCGCUGCGCCACUCGGGGAUGAUUUGAUAUCUCUCUAGAGAAAUAGCGUGUUGGGUUCACACACCAAAAAUACUAACUAAAUGGAAUUCAAGUAAUUGAACCGACGUCUGGAAAUGUAGAAAAUAGUACAAAUAAAGAGAAACCCUCGAAUGAGUAGGUGUUCUAAAACAUUUGACCUGUAGUGUGUGUGUGUGUGUGUGUGUGUGUGUGUGUGUGUGUGUGUGUGUAUAUAUAUGACACACUCACUCACUACCGGUGUGUAAAGCUGUCAUCAAGGUAAAGGGUGGCGAUUUGAAGAAUCUCAAAUAUGAAAUAUAUUUUCAUUUGUUUAACACUUUUUUUUGGUUACUACAUGAUUCCAUAUGUGUUAUUUCAUAGUUUUGAUGUCUUCACUAUUAUUCUACAAUGUAGAAAAUAGUUUUAAAAAAUAAAGAAAAACACUUGAAUGAGUAGGUGUGUCCAAACUUUUGACUGGUACUGUAUAUGUCCACCUGCCCGGGACUGCAGAUGUAAAUGAGCUGUUAGCUAAUUCUGCAGCGCAUCACUUCUCAUUUCUGACACUUCUUCUGUUUUUUGUUGUACAUUGUCCCUGUUCAAAUAAACGUAAUAAUAAAAUAUAUUUCUGAGGCCCAGACACCUAGCCUGGUGAAACCAGACUUAACGCUGCACCCACCAUUGUUUCCCUUCACCAGUUACAGUGGGGAAAAAAAGUAUUUAGUCAGCCACCAAUUGUGCAAGUUCUCCCACUUAAAAAGAUGAGAGAGGCCUGUAAUUUUCAUCAUAGGUACACGUCAACUAUGACAGACAAAAUGAGAAAGAAAAAUCCAGAAACUCACAUUGUAGGAUUUUUAAUGAAUUUAUUUGCAAAUUAUGGUGGAAAAUACGAUACAAUUUAAAAGUUCAAACUCCUACCCGAAAUAAUGUUGUUGACUCAUCCUAUACUUGUACUUGUGGCCAAAGCAUAAAUUGGAGGGGGAAAAAACACUUAAAAACCCCCACCUUAAACUUGUAUCUCAAACAGACUGUUUCAAAAAUGCUUGCUAUUUCCUCCUAGAACGUGAUGUCAUGUUGGCUCAUUGGCUGAGCAUGAAUGAAUAUUUUUUAAUGACUGGUAUACGUCCACACCUUUCUGUUAUUGGGGUACGCGCCCACACCAUUCUGUUAUUGGGGUACGCCCACACCAUUCUGUUAUUGGGGUACGCCCACACCAUUCUGUUAUUGGGGUACGCCCACACCAUUCUGUUAUUGGGGUACGCCCACACCAUUCUGUUAUUGGGGUACGCCCACACCAUUCUGUUAUUGGGGUACGCCCACACCAUUCUGUUAUUGGGGUACGCCCACACCAUUCUGUUAUUGGGGUACGCCCACACCAUUCUGUUAUUGGGGUACGCCCACACCAUUCUGUUAUUGGGGUACGCCCACACCAUUCCAACACAGAAAAGCUGCUUUUUAAUAUACUUAAUUUUAAAAAAACUGGACGGUAAACUAUUUCACUCAUAUUGUAAUUCAUUAUAGGUCAUAUUUGAUAGUAAUCAGGAAAUACUGGACAGUUGAACUUAAUAUAUAUAUUCUCCUCUGUUUUGUUUUACCAGGGUUGUAGGAAGGUAAUCCUCUCAACUAACAUUGCAGAGACAUCGAUCACCAUCUCAGGGAUCAAAUACGUGAUUGAUACAGGCAUGGUAAAAGCAAAACGCUUCAACCCAGGUGAGAUUCCUGACUGACAGUACACAGCUUUUUAACCUCCUUCCCAAUCUGUUUCUCUACUUGCCAGUCAAUCAGUUAUGUGGCCCUGGUGUGAAUUUAAUGAAUGAAUUGUAUCUAACAAUUCAUGUUUUCCAACUUUGAAAAAACAACAAUACACACAUAAAAAAAGAAUUGAAGAUAAAAACAGACUUAUUUCCAUUGUGGUCCUCAUUAUAUGUUCGCUUGUCUCUUCCCCUCAGAGAGUGGUCUGGAGGUGUUGGCAGUGCAGCGGGUAUCUAAAGCCCAGGGCUGGCAGAGGGCAGGCAGGGCUGGCAGAGGGCGGGCAGGGGGCAGGGCUGGCAGAGAGGACUCAGGCUCUGUCUACCGUCUCUACACCGAGGAUGAGUUUGACAACCUCAUCCCCAUGACCGUGCCUGAGAUACAACGGUAGGGGACACACACAGUUAGAUCCCCGUGCCUGAGAUACAGAGGUAGGGGACACACACACAGUUAGAUCCCCAUGCCUGAGAUACAGAGGUAGGAUCACCAUGGCUGGAGUUGGAUCAGGUGGAUAGAGCACUGUCACUGUUGACCUGUUGGAAGAGAACAGAGCUGUUUUCAAUAGACGCGAACCGGAGAAGUACCAUCUUAGCAUGUCCAAUAAGAAAUGCUCGUUUUUAUUCUCUGUUGCAAAAGGGUUUGCUACAUUGUGCUCUAAUGUACAUGACCCAGUUGUUGCUGCAGUGUAAGUUGAUACAUCUCUGCCAUUGUGAUUGAGUGUUCUGCUCCUGUGUUCUCUCUGCAGGUGUAACCUGGCCAGUAUCAUGCUACAGCUUCUGGCUCUGGGGAUUCCUGACGUGAUGAACUUUGACUUCACGUCUAAGCCUUCUCCUGGUAAGCAGUGUGUCCUACAGCAGUCCCAGGCCUGCUGUGUCUUCUCUGUGAUGUUCAAGUCAUCGGAAGUGUUAGAAUCCAUUAAAACGGGUAUUAAUCCACUGCUAUGUAGGCUCAGAUAGGAGUUAGUUAUACUACUGUAGUGUUGUAGUUUGUGUCGUGUUGUCGAUGUGUUUGGUCAGAGUUGGUUGUAAUAACGUGAUGUUGUGGGUGUGAUGUGACUGUUCAGAGUGUGUUAUAAUAACAUAAUGUUCAUGUGACUGUUCAGAGGCAAUGCGUUCGGCAGUGGAGCAGCUGGAUCUGCUAGGGGCUGUAUGGAAGAAAGGUGAGCAGGUCACCCUAACUCCUCUGGGCAAGAAGAUGGCCAGCUUCCCACUGGAGCCACGCUAUGCCAAGUUAAGACAGACACACAGGAAAUGGGCCUUCAGUUGUGCAACUGACUAGGUAUCCUCCUUUCCCUUUGUACUGAGCCAUGACAAUAAAUACUGUAUUACCACAUUCUGUCUCUCUGUCUCUCUCUCUCUCUCUCUCUCUCUCUCUCUCUCCCUCUCUCUCUGUGUCUCUCUCCCUCUCUCUCUCCCCUACAGACCAUCCUGCUGUCGCCAGACUUCCAGUGUUCUGAGGAGGUGCUGACCAUCGUGUCUCUGCUGUCGGUGGACACGGUGCUCUACAACCCGCCCGCACGCCGAGGGGAGUGUCUCGCGUCACGCAACAAGUUCACCACCAGCGAGGGAGAUCACUUGACCCUGCUCAACAUCUACAGAGCCUUCAAGAAAGUCAACGCCAACAAGGUCAGUGGUCUCCUAGAAAGAAGAAGCCUGUACGAGUCUUUAUACAGUUUGCACUGUACAGUAUCUCUGGACAUAUAGGGUCUGGUCCCCAGACUAAAAUGCUUCUCCAUCAAGCGUUCUUUUUAGUCCAGAAGUUCAUCACCAGCCCCUAGUGUUUAUUCAUGAAGUGUUAUGGUUUCCAGAUGGUGUAGUCAGUUCAGGCUUUGAUGUGUGUGUUGUAGGAGUGGUGUCGGGAGAACUUUGUCAACAGCAGGAACAUGAGCAUGGUUGGAGAGGUCCGUGCACAGCUCCGAGAGAUCUGCCUUAAGGUACGACAACAAGUCCCUAACACCACAAGUAACCAAUUCUCUCAACAUGGCUGUUCAUCAACAAAAGAAGAGAAUCUGCACACUGUGGUUUUUCCAAACGUUUCAACUCUUAGGUUAUCUAAUCGGCUGAUGAACUCAGACAUGGAUAUCUUUCACUUGAACAAAUCUAUUGUAUUUCCAUAUGAUUUAGCUCUUUUCACACAUGACAUCUCCUUCUCCCCUCUGUGUACCAGCUGAGCAUGAAGCUAGAGUCGUGUGGGUCGGACACGGGGAGGGUGCGUCGCUGCCUGGCCCACGGUCUGUUUGUAAACGCUGCAGAGCUGCAGCCGGAUGGCAGCUACACUGCCCUGGACACCCACCAGCCUGUAGCCAUCCUCCCUUCCUCUGUCCUCUUCCAGGCCAAGCCUGCUUAUGUGGUCUUCAAUGAGCUCCUGCACACCUCUAAGUGCUAGAUGAGGGACAUGUGUCUGGUGGAUGCUGAUUGGCUGGUCGAGGCUGCGCCCGAGUACUUCCGCCGGAAGCUCCGCCCCACCAAGAGCUAG